AUGAGUCGUUUGAUUGACAAGGAGCCACUCCCAACGCACCAGAAGCCUUUGCGGAUAGUGGUUGCAGGUCUUUCGCGUACAGGAACCGCAUCCUUGUAUCUGGCUCUACAAGAACUUGGAUACACGCCAUGGCACAUGUGUGAGCCCAUCGAGGAUCCCCGAAAGAUGUACAAUUAUUGGACAGAGGCGAUGAAUUGCCGUUUCUUCAAUAAAGGCCGUCCUUACGAUCGCAAAGAUUUUGACCGUCUGAGGGGUAAAUACGAUGCUCUUCUGGAUAUACCCGCGAGUCUGUUCUGGGAAGAUUUGCAUCGACUGUAUCCCGAAGCGAAGAUUAUCCUCACCACUCGAUCCGCCGACUCCUGGUUCGAAUCUGUUCACAACACUAUAAUUCCUUGGCUAGAAAAGCCGAUCUUGAAUAUCCUCCAAUACGUUGAACCCAAGCGACUGCGACCUGAACUGCGCAUGGUCAAGACAGCUUACAAAGUGAUCUGCGAUAAUGACUACCGCAGUGACUUAAGCAAACAAAGAUUUCUCGCGCACAAUAGCCAAGUACGACUCGGAGUGCCAUCUGAGAGAUUCUUGGAAAUGAAACUGGGGGAUGGCUGGGAACCCCUGUGUGCGUUUCUAGGGGUUCCGGUGCCAGACAAACCGUAUCCUAAGAUCAACAACACGAAUGAGUUCAACCAAGGAGCAAUGGAAGCAGAUGCAGCAAUGUUGGGCGAGCUUCUGAGGCCGUGGCUGGCUGUCAUAGUCCCAAUAGCGGUAGCCGCAUGGUGGCUUUUGUCUUGA